AUGCCAAGACGAUUCCCGCGAUUCACCGGAGUUUCGCUUCGGGUCGUACGUAGUACGGGCUGUCAAUUGCUCGACAUUUCUGACUUCAACUCCUCAAUCCUCGUCUCCCUCUUGUCCUGUACUUUAUCUGUAUACGCCCACUUCUGUAUAUCCCCCUGCACUAUGGCACAAACCCAAAUUACGCCCCGCUAUCUGUCCGGCGAUAAGGCCGGCAUCCAGGAGUUCCUGGCCAAGUUCGAUGUAUUCCUCUUCGAUUGCGACGGCGUGCUGUGGUCCGGAGAUCACCUCUUUCCAGGAACGGUCGAGACACUAGAGCUUCUCCGAAAUAAUGGAAAGCAAGUCGUCUUCGUGACGAAUAACAGCACCAAGUCGCGCGCAGACUACCGCAAGAAGCUCGAAGGCUUGGGCAUCCCCAGUACAGUAGAAGAAAUCUUCUCCUCCUCAUACAGCGCCUCGAUAUACAUCUCCCGCAUCCUGCAGCUCCCAGCCAACAAACGCAAAGUCUACGUCGUCGGCGAAACCGGCAUCGAACAAGAGCUCCGAUCCGAGAACGUCCCCUUCAUCGGCGGCACAGACCCCGCAUUACGUCGCGACGUGACAGCCGAAGACUACAAGAAGAUCGCAGCGGGCGAUGAAUCCAUGCUGGACCCGGAAGUGGGCGUCGUGCUCGUCGGUCUCGAUUUCCAUAUCAACUAUCUCAAGAUAGCGCUGGCUUUCCAUUACAUCAAGCGCGGAGCAGUGUUCCUCGCCACGAAUAUUGAUUCCACGCUGCCGAAUUCCGGGACGCUCUUCCCUGGUGCUGGGUCGAUGAGUGCGCCGCUGAUUAUGAUGUUGAAUCAGGAGCCUGUUGCGCUUGGAAAACCGAGUCAGGCUAUGAUGGAUUCUAUUGAGGGGAAGUUCAAGUUUGAUCGCAGUCGUGCUUGCAUGGUUGGGGAUCGGGCUAAUACGGAUAUUCGCUUUGGGUUGGAGGGGAAGCUGGGUGGUACCCUUGGUGUGUUGACGGGUGUUUCUUCUAAGAAGGACUUUGUUGAGGGUGAUGUUAGGCCUCAUGCUUACUUGGAUAAGCUUUCGGAUCUGCUAGGCUAG